GCCCUAAAAAUCUAGGGUUCCGUCAUUAUCUCUCUUUCUCAUUCUCAGAGAAGAAAAACUAAUCUUCGUCCUCUGCGUAACUCUUUCUGUCUCUCUCUCUGGGCAACAAUGGUGAAGGGACCGGGGCUCUACUCCGACAUUGGGAAGAAAGCCAGAGAUCUUCUGUACAAGGAUUACCAGAGUGACCAUAAAUUCACUCUCACUACCUACACAUCCAACGGCGUGGCAAUCACAACAUCAGGGACGAAGAAGGGUGAUUUAUUGUUGGCAGAUAUCAAUACACAACUGAAGAAUAGGAAUGUCACUACUGACAUUAAAGUCGACACAAACUCAAAACUUUUUACAACUGUAACUGUUGAUGAGCCAGCACCAGGACUCAAAACUAUCUUUAGCUUUGUUGUUCCCGACCAGAAAUCUGGCAAGGUUGAACUCCAGUAUUUUCAUGACCAUGCGGGGAUUAGCACAAGCAUUGGCCUGACUGCAAAUCCUAUCGUUAAAUUCUCUGGUGUUCUUGGAAGCAGUGCUGUUGCUCUUGGCACCGAUGUUGCAUUUGAUACUGCAACAGGGAAUUUCACCAUGUACAAUGCUGGAUUGAGCUACUCAAAUGCAGACCUGAUUGCUUCCUUGAACUUGAAUGACAAGGGGGAUACCUUGGUUGCUUCCUACUUCCACAGUGUAAGCCCUCUAACAAGCACAGCCGUUGGAGCCGAGCUUUCGCACAGCUUCUCAAACAAUGAGAGCACCCUAACGAUUGGCACCCAGCAUGCAUUGGACCCUCUGACGCUGGUUAAGGCUCGGUUGAACAACUAUGGCAAAGCUAGUGCUCUUAUCCAGCAUCAGUGGAGGCCAAAGUCGUUCUUCACAAUCUCUGGCGAGGUGGACACAAGGGCAAUAGAGAAGAGUGCAAAGGUGGGGCUUUCACUAGCUCUCAAACCGUGAAUGUUUUAAGGAGACGGUAGCUUGAUUCUCUUGCAGGGUUGAGCCCAAAAUAAAGCUACAACUGAAACUCUGGCUUAUAUGUGACCGGUAUUUUUUGGCUACCAUUAGAGUUUUACUGUUCAAUUUCGGGGAUGUACAAAAUAAUUUUGCCCAUGGUAAGACCAUGGAACCUAAAUGCGGUUCUUUUCAAAGCUGGUCUCCUAAUGUCGCUAUGGUCUCUACUUUAAAUGCUCUGAAACGAGAUCUUAGGCCUUUUGCCGCAGUUUUCUUUCACUGAAAGUUCUGACAUUCUGAUGCUGUAUUUUGAAGGUACCCUUCAUGUUUCUUUACUGAUCUUGUUUCUUUACAA